AUGUUCUUUCGACGCAUGUUCGCGCGUAUGGACAACAGUGGCAGCGGCAGCAACACCGCAUACGAGUACGAUGAUGAGGACGAAGUCAACGCAAACGGCAACAACCAUGAACGCGACAACGUAGGUGCCUCAGGCGGCGCAACAGCACGCGGUAAGCAGCACAACAACAACAGCAAUGGCAAUGGCACACUCAGUAAUGGUAGUGGCACAACCAGCAGUAGCGACUACGAGCUGCAACAACGGCGAAGUGGACCACGCAAAUAUGGUUCUUCGACCGCAUCCGCAGUUGCAACUGGCGCAGCCAAGCAUGGUGGUUCCGCCAGCACACUGCAUCGUGCCGCCACCACUGUACCAGCCACAGUACAACUGACACCCUUGUGGGAACACAUAUUGCGUACGCGUACACUGCCCGACAAUGUUUAUCCCAUUCAAAUUUUUGGCGAAUUUCUCGAACGUCUACGAGAUCCCGAGUGGCAGGUGCGUCAGCAUGCCUUGCGCGUCUUCGUCGAUGUAUUGGUGGUAAUGCGCGCGGAUGCCGACACGUAUAUGGAUCCGCUGAUACCGCGCUUGGUGGAAAAUUUGGGGCAUCAGGCGCCUACCGUGAGGAAAGGCGCACUCGACUGCCUGCGCGUAUAUCUCGCCGAAACGGCGAUGCCCGAAACGAUAUUGCUGCAGAUACUCGAUAUCGGGCUGAACCAAAAGAUCACAAAUGAACCGUUUGGUGGACGCUUAACAUGCGGUGUUAUGCUAUCCUUACCGGCGCUGGUUCAAUCGACGCUGCACACCGGCAAGCGGCACUACAUACUACGGACGGCUGUAGAGAUGUUGGUGCAGAAAAUGGGCCAGGUGACGCAUCAGGAGAUCACAUUGAAAGUGCUAUCGAAAUUACGAGAAUUAGUUGGUGAGCCGGAGUUUCGAGAGUAUAUGACGAAGAGCGCAUAUAGAGAGUUCAAUUUGUUAUGUAAUGUCUAUGGCGUGGAAACAAAAAUGUCGAAUGGUGCGCAUAGGCAUGGUAGUGGACACAUUAACCAAGUUUACGCCAACAGCACAGGCGGUACAUGGCAUCUGCUUUCCAAGCAGUCCGCAAGCAGCAGCUGGCGCUCAUCGGACGAAGAGCAAAUGCUCGAGGAAGCCGCAAAAGGUAAAGUUAUAAUGGAGACUGAGAUAAAAAUCAAUGAUGACACAUUGACGAUGCGCAUACUGGAGGCGAAGGACGACGACUUCGAUACAGAAGUCGAUACAGACUCGAGUCCACGCAAAUCUCUAGACACCUAUCCAAAUAGUUUGGAAGAUGAAGUUGUGUGUGGCCGUUUGCCGAGUGCAACGCACGACUCAACGCAUGACAUAAGCGCAGUGGUACGUUUGCUCAGCGAUUCCGAGUUGGACAUGGAAGAAGAUGCGAAUGGUUUGGUGCAAGCGGCGCACCAGCGCGACAAUCCCGAGUACUAUACAGUAGUAACGCCCUCGACACCGUCACGCACGCCGAAGCGCGUCACAUUCGGUGGAGAAGUGGUUAAGAUGCGCACACCAGACAGCGAUGCCAACAACUCCAAUAACACAAACAACAAUAGCAACGCUGCUGAGCAGCAAACACACACACUUUUCGCCACAAAGUCCGGCACACAGAAUGUCAUUGACGCUGGUGGAGGUGGUAGUAGUGACAGUAGUGAAACUGUGCAACGCACCAUAAAAACAACUACAACAACAACUGAGAUAACAAUCAUUAGCACACCGUCCACCUCCGCCGCGAGUAGUCCAGUACCGGAGGAGGGCUACAAGACCAUGGCGCUCAGUGUCGAAAUCACCAACGAUAAUACCAAACCGCUGCCGCCAGCAGCGCCCUCACCAGCAACGCGUCCGCGAACAGCGGCAUCUCCACGGCGUUCCCAAACGCCAAACAACACAGCAGAUGGCGCUGCCACGUCCGCCGCGAGCAACGUGAGCACUUCAACCUCAAGGACCACAACAAACUCACAGUCACCACCAAAACGACAAGACUCGUUCGGCAGCGCGACCUUAUCGCCGCAUUCGCCAUUCAAGCACCUCAGCAUUAGUCCCGUGGACAGCAUUAUUAGCCCCAAGACGCCACACAAACCCAUCGAGGUGAUGCACAACUUGCAACGUGAUCCGUCGCCAGUGCGUGCACGCAGCGCACGACGCGCGGAGUCAAUAAAGACCACAGCGCCGAAUGCGGAAAGUAAUGAGCUGUCCGCCAAUUCGUUGGCUAAGUCAACAGCAGCGCCACGUGCACAGACACCUUCGCCGCUGCCGCCAAAGACAUGGGAGGAGUUGGACAUUGUCGAUUAUGACACAUUAUUGGAUCUGCGUUCAGGGAACUGGCAUCAUCGCUUGCAGGGCGUUGCACARCUCGAAGAAGCGCUACGCAGCUCCGAUACAUUGGCACAGGUACUGCCAUGUUUGGAUAGUUUACUGCGCACGUUGCUCUCCUCCGAACGUAAUCCCGAUGUGGCGGAAGCCAAGAAGCAGCUACUAAUCAAUCUCAUAACACGUUUGCCAUUGGACAACUUGGAGGAACGCACAACACAAAUAAUGACCGGCCUAUGUCGCCAGGGUGGCGCUGGCGCGAAUCGCGUAUGCAAAGCGUUGAUGCAUCGCUUGCCGGCGGCGUCGAUUGUACUCAAAUUGCUGUCGCAAGAAUUUUUACAUGCAAAGAGCUCAAGGUUCCGCGAACACGCGYUACAAAUGGUCAUGUACGCACUUACGACCUUUCCCAGCACCUGCUUCGACACGAAAACCUGCGUCACGCAGGCCACCUAUGCUGCCUUGAAUCGCAAGCGACGCGUACGWCAAGCUGCACURGAUGUGCUGGCCAUUUUGGGACAAAUAACCAGCGGACGGGCAGUGCUGGAUGUGGUGCAGGACAUAGCCGCCGAACGGGAUGACGGUCCAGCGUUGCUUUCGGCUCUACGUACGCGGCUCUCGCGCAAGCAAAUGCCCAUCAUCGGUGCCGACGGACAGGUGCAAUAUGCGCUACGUGUACCCUCGCCACAUUCGGCGGAGGCAGCGGACGCGGCACACGGUCAAAUGGGUGCUGAUAUUGAGUGGAUUGUAGCGGGUGUCGGCUCUGUAUCGCCGGSUUCCUUAAAGCGCCGAGGUUCGCGACGCAGCUUUCGCUGUUUGCCAACACACUGUAUUUCGGAUGUGGAUGGUAUUGCCAUGGGCACGCCGUGUGGCAGCUUUCGUAUGAGCGAUGGUGAUGGUAAGCGUAGACAUGCAUUUCAAUCGCCUCCCGAUGUUUAUGGCAAUUUYCGAGACUCCUCGGUCAGCAACAAUAACGACCUGCAUUCGCACAAUUUCCARCACAUACUCGGCAGCAAUUUGCCAGUGCAAUAUGGCCAAACCACAAAGAAAACCGCAAAUGCCGAUUACAGCAACUACAUGAGCCGACGUCUGGUGGCCAAAUCCUGCUCGGACUCCUCCAUGGAAGGCAGAAGCUCCGAUAGCAACUACACCAGCAGCAGCGGUGGCGGUGGCAGUGGCACUGGUUGCAAGUCUAACGGUGUUGGCGAUGUGGGUGUYGGUAAUGCAGCGAUCAACGACAGCUGCACRGGCAUUAGCGGCCGUUUCACRCGGCAAACGGUGAACUCACGGUUCCCAGCCAUGGAGCGCAUGGAUGUGAACAACUCGUACAAGCGCGUCCACAAGCCACCCACGUACAUGGGCGGCAUGGGCGCUUAUGCGCAACUGCAACAGCAGCAAAUCAAUAUGAGUUCAACGUAUCCGAAAAUUAACCAUAUAAACGCACAACAACAGCAACAACAACAAAAACACCACCAACAACAACAACAGCUACGCAAGAGAUCCCAGCAACAGCAUCAGCGGCACGCGCAGCAAUCGACGCUGGCGCAGCCAGUUGUGGUGGGCACGCGCGCGGUGCCGGCGGUGCGCGUUGGCGGCGGCGGCGUUUAUGCUCCAGAUAAUUUCCGUUCUGCCGAAAAUUCUCCAAAGGAGCAUAACAACAACAACCUAACACCGAACAACAACAAGAACAACGCGCAUACAGAAUUGGACGGCACCUACACGAUUUACACAGCUAUAGACAAUGGCGGCGGCACGCCUACGCCACAGGCAAAUCAACAGCAACAAAAACAACAACAACAUGUACUGGCAACAGCAGCAAACGGACGCCGUUUCGUGAACGUGGAAAAGUUUGUGAUGCAAAGCAACAGACCUGGGCCAUUGGAUGGAGAGGCAGCUGUGAUUGCGGCGACUGCCAUAGCGGACAUGCAAAAACAACAAAAUAGCGGAUCGAAACAAGCCACACCAGUUUCGAAUAAAUCUGUAGCAUAUUCACUGAAGUCAACUGCCUCGGCGCAAUCAGCUGAUACACCUAGCAACAUAAACGGUACAUACGAAGCGCAACGAAACGAAGACAACGACACACAAAAUCCCCACACGGAUAAGGAGGAUACAACUGAUAACGGUUCAACCAAACAAAUGGGUGCAUUGCAAGACGCCUGCAGUGAUAAUGAAUCGAGCAGUCCGACACCAAUGAAGUGGCGAAGCGAACACGAUGUACUGCAGUUGGAGGAUGUGCCGGAUAUAAGCAAUGCCAGUGCGGCGACCGCAAGCAAUACACCGUUAAAAAAGAAUGGAAGCUUGGCGAGUUUACACAGCAAAAGCGAGAGCAUUAAAACACAGCUCGGCGAUACACCAACAGUGCUGUCGCGUACACAAUCGGCGAAGUCCUUGUUAAUAGAAGAAGACAUUGAAGAUAACAGUAGUUUUGUGGUGAUGGAUGAGCUGCACAGCGAACGACAAGGCAGCGGCCUACGCGAGCAGGCGCGUAAAGCAAGUGCCAGCAGUAAAGAAGAAAAUGCGCCGCAUUCGCGCUCGCGUUCACCCACCAUCGCUGAGAUUAAAAUGCUAUCGCGGCGCAAUUCGAUGAUCAAGUCUAUGGAAUCACUGUACGAACGCCCACCAUCGAAGCAGGAGCUCGUAUACGACCAAACCAGCACCGAGUCAGGCUCUGCCACAAGCUCACAGCUCAAUACAAGCAUACCAAUUAAACCGCAACACACACCGCUAAAGCAAAAGGCGAAAACUUCACACUUUCUGAAAAAUCACCGACGAAUUUCACCUGUAAAGCAGGCAAUUAAAAUGCCACAAGCCGAACUCUAUCCACCAACAUUGCAACGUUUCGACAAGCCACGAGACGCUUUACUUAAAACCUUCGACCAACUGGACUCCAGUAAUUGGGAGAUCAUUAUGUUGGGCCUYAAAUCAAUGGUGCGCCUAAUGAGGUAUCAUCCGGAGCAAUUGGAAAAUCAAAUGCAUAUGGUUUGCAUACAACUAACGCGUUCGGUGCGCAAUUUGCGUUCGCAAGUAUCACGUGCCGCAUGUCAGGCCACCACCGAACUAUUCACACUCAAAUCGAAAUGUCUGGAGCAGGAGUGUGAUGAUUUGGUUUGCGCUCUACUACAUCGUACGGCUGAUACAAAUCGUUUUCUGCGCGCCGAUGCCACACGUGCCCUAGAAUCGAUGUGUGAUAAUUUAACGCCACCAAAAAUAUUAAAUAUACUCACCACAAAGGGUGCGCUGCAUCAGAAUGCAUUGGUGCGUACAACGACGGCCAAACUGUUGCAUCGGCUGGUUGAGCGUCUGGGCAGCGAUAAGGUCUAUACUAUGACAAGGGAAAAUCGUGACAAAUUCUUUGUAACGGGCGCCAAUUUACUGCUUGAGGGUAGUCUUGAGACGCGCAGCUAUGCUAAAUCAAUAUUUCGACUGCUCUCCGAUCACCCGAACUACAAUCGUUUACUUACUGAUGUCAUACCGGCGCGUACAUAUCGCAAUGUGGAGAAAACGCUGAAAAGUAUACGUUGAAAACUUGUUUCCGACUACAAAUAAAUUAUAAAAUUAGUUACUUAGUCAAAGCAAUAAUAUUUGUACAUAAAAGUAUAUUUAAUGUGAUUCACACGAAUGUUUUUAAAUACGAAUUGCUCUGUCACAUUAGGGUAGUUAUAUUUUAAUAAAAUUAUAAUUACACAUUUA